AGAGUCAGGCGCCUGGUUAGAGCAGUUCCUCUUCCUCAGGGGCUUCCUCAUGAUCACAAGCAGACCCCAGUCUUCACAGGCCACAAGUUUUGUGUCUGUGUGUGUUUGGAAAAGAGGCUGAUCUUCUGUAAACUUGUGGCAACUGGAAGAUGCCAUGACCCCCCUUUUUACAGGUCUACUCUAUCUUGGACUGAGUCUGGACCUCAGGAUCACAGUAUUGGCAGGGGCUCUCUCUAAACCUACACUCCGGGCAGUGCCAAGAAAUAUGGUAGGCAUUGGGAACCAGGUGACAUUCUACUGUGAAGGACCUUUAGAGGCCAAGGAAUAUGUUCUCUACAAAGAAGGAAGUCCGGAUUCCCCAAUACCAACAACCCUAGAAACUGAAAAUAAAGCCACAUUCUCCAUCUCAUCGGUUGACUGGUACCAUGCAGGCCGAUAUUGGUGUGAAUAUAAAAGCAAUAAUGGUAUGUCAGAAAGAAGUGACUUCCUGGAGCUGGUGGUGACAGGAUGGUACUCAAGCAAAGUCACCUUGUCUGCCAUUUCCAGUGCUGUGGUGACCUCAGGAGGGCAUGUGACCCUUCAGUGUGUCUCACAACAGGCCUAUAACAUGUUUAUUCUAAUGAAGGAAGAUGAGAAGUUCUCUAAGCCUUUGCCCUCACAGAAUAUACACCCUGAGAUAUUUGGAGCCCUGUUCACUGUGGGUCCUGUGACCCCAAACAAGACAUGGAGAUUCACAUGCUAUGGCUAUGAUUUGAGCACCCCUCAGGCGUGGUCAUUGCCCAGUAACCACCUAGAGCUCCUGGUCUUAGGUAAGGAAGUGCAGAACUUUCUUUUCCAUGAUAUUGUAACUGAUACAGGAUCACAGGAAAGGCCAUGA